AUGAUCCGCGAUCUGGUGAUAAAAAGGGACAAAGCAGUUGCCCCUGAAGCGCUUCGAAAUCUGUGGAGCUACCGUCUGUUGGAGACGUUGCAUCUCGAGAGCUGCGAUCUAAGUGAUCAGGACCUCGAAAGCAUUCGUCCGGGCUCCACUUGCGUCAAAUAUGUCUGCCUUCGCAAUAACCAGCUGGUUCACCCUUGGUCGACAUUAGCGAAAAAUUUCCCAGCUCUCAAUUAUCUGGACUGCAGAGAGAACAGGUGGUUGACAAUGGAUCUGAGCGCCAUGAAAGGAUCACAGCUCGCCCACAUGGAGCAAUUGUUUUUGAGCAGGCCUGUGUCACUGUGUGCGGCUGAGGUUCGGGAAGUGUUCCCGAAGCUCUCCGAUAUUAUUACUUCGAUUACGAACUUUCCCUUCAUAACCGCUAACUCUGAGGGGAAUGGGAAUCAAGCUCCGACUGAUCUUCCACAGCAACUCUCCCGGAAAACGGCUUCUGAUAAGGAUUGA